AUGCCUGGCACGCAGGCAGCCCGCAAUUACACGAGCAGCUUCAUUCGGUUAACCCCGAGCCCCGCGGCCGAGCCCGGCACAGUCGCCCGGAGCCCACAGACCGAGCAGGUGCGCGACCCACACGCGCUCGGCAGCGGGAUGGACACCGACCAGCCCGAGAGCCCCCGGGAGCCGCCGUCCCCGCCCCCGCCGCCGUCGCCGCCGUCCCCCGCGCCCCCCGAGUCCCCCGGGUCCCCCCGGCCCGAGCAGCCGUCGGAGGCCUACGCCCGGCAGCUGCUGCUGGAGGAGUGGGGGCCGCCCGGCGGGAGCCUGGAGCUGCCCCCCCGCCUCACCUGGAAGCUGCUGUUCCUGCGGCGGCCGCUCUACCGCAACCUGCUGCGCUCGCCCAACCCCGAAGGCAUCAACAUUUAUGAGCCAGCACCCCCUACUGGUCCCACCCAGCAGCCCCUGGAGACUCUGGGCAACUUCCACGGCUGGUACAUUAGGACCGAGAAGCUCCAGCAGAACCUCAGCUGGACCGUGAAGCAGCAGUGUGUGGAUCUUAUGGCCGAGGGCCUCUGGGAGGAGCUCCUCGACGAUGAGCAGCCAGACAUCACAGUCAUGGACUGGUACGAGGACAGCCGGCUGGACACGUGCGUCUAUGAGCUGCACGUCUGGCUGCUGGCAGCCGACCGCCGCACGGUCAUCGCGCAGCACCAUGUGGCCCCCCGGGUCUCCGGGAGAGGCCGCCCCGGCUGCUGGAUCCAGGUGUCCCACGUGUUCCGCCAGUAUGGCCCUGGCGUGCGCUUUGUCCACUUCCUGCACAAGACCAAGAACCGGAUGGAGCCUGGGGGGCUGCGGCGGACCAGGGUGACGGACUCCUCCGUGUCCGUGCAGUUCAGGGAGUGACUGGCAGACUCCGGGCCCGUUCUGACCCCCGGUGUCACUUGUCCACAGCCUUGACACUUUACCCGAUCCCUUGGCACCUCCCCGACCCUUCGGCUCUGUGGCCUUCUCUUCCCACCUCCCUGGUGCUCACCACCACCUGUUCCCUUAAUCCCUUCAUGACCCCUCAGCUUCUCCUUGAUCGCUGGCCACCUCCUGGGCCCCUUAUUCCUGCCUGGCCCUCGGCUCCCCGCUUGGCAUCUUCCCACACCCUUGGACGUCUGACUCGUUGGCAUUGCUUCCGCACUCUCUGAGCUCCGUGAGGGCAGCGGCCACUUCCUCCUGAGUUAGUGCUCGACAGGCAGUAGGGGCUUCGUGCAUCCUUGUGGAUCGAUGAAUAAAUGCGUGUGCGCGGGGA